GUAUGGCAGCAUAAGAGAUAGCUUUGACAUUUCUGUACUUGUUGGUUCUUUUUCUGUUCACACCCACAGGAUGGUCUUCUAUAUCCGCUUCCUCAAAACGCCCCGGCUUCAGAAGCAAAAGGGAACUGUUUCUGUUUCUGCUCUGAUUUGUAUCACUACGGACCUGGGCGAUGCAUUCCUGGCUGAAGAUACGCAAUUGCUCACAACGCUGAGUAUUGAUCAGACAGAAAAAAUCUUGUACAAGGAACCACUAAAAUGGACCGCCGGCAAACGAGAGCUUCUGAUCUCACUGGGGCCGUUUCCCGAGCAUCUCGCCCGACAGACUGUGGUCCUGAGCGUCAGUGCAAUUGAACCCCGGAGAUCAGAAAUGCGCUGGAGCGAUGCUAUAUUGGGGGGUGUCGGCGUCCCUUUGGUUAUCUCCGGCUGGAGCGCACCUUUUGGAGGGUCUCAGUCUCUAGUGGCAGAGAAACUUGUGGAGAGACGGAUUGGUCCUACAAACCGAUUGGACCUGAGAAUAUGGGAGGAGACAGGCAACAGCAUUGCCCGGCAUAUCUGGGAUGCUGCCCUUGCAUCAGUGAUACAUCUCGAGCAGAUCGUGCAAGGUUCCAAUGCGACCCUGCCAGUGCUCUCAGAACUUCUACAGAACCCGCGCGACAAGCCUCUCCAGGUUCUUGAACUGGGGUCGGGAUGCGGGAUUGUAGGCAUUGCUUUGGCAAAACUGCUACCACGGUGCUCGGUUAUGCUGACCGACCUACCUGAAGCCGAGGACAUUGUAAUACAGAAUAUCGCUGCGGCCAGACCAGCGCAUUCAUCUAAGAUUGAAUAUCAGAACCUCGACUGGGACGAGCCACUGCCGAAGGAUUUCUGCCAUGAGCCUAUAGACCUGAUUCUCGUUUCGGACUGUACGUAUAAUGCCGACAGUUUGCCUGCAUUGGUCUCAGUUCUAGACCGGCUCGUACAAAGUUCCCCGAGUGCACUUAUUCUCGUGGCAUUAAAGAGACGCCAUGAAAGCGAAGCAAUCUUUUUCGGCCUGAUGCAGUCUGCAGGACUUUGCCAACACAAAGUCCAUACAUUAUCGCUCCCGUCACAACAUGACCAAUUAGAUCGCAUUGAGCUGCAUUGCUAUGGACGGAAUCCACAGUCGAAAUCCGGAUGAUACGCUCAAAACCUCCGAAGAAGCCACUUCGACCGCUUUCCUGACCACCACUGGGUUCUGCUCGGUCCUCCCGUCUUGAUUUCAAAGCCCGGGUCACCAAUGAGUGGGCAGCGUAUUGCUGCCCAGCAUUGAAAUCUCUUUUGUGUUCUGGUCCGUGCAUGUGGAUGUGGAAACAAGCCCGGAAGUGCGUCAUAAACAGUAGCAUAACAUCAUUGCUAGCCGAUUUUCAGGGGAAAAGUUUCUUUCCAGCUUCGACUUCUUCGAUGAACUGUGCUGGACGAUUCGAUAUGAUGCAUGGUCGGGCAGUGGAAUUAGAGUGUAUGCACGGAGGACAUAGUCUCGCUCAGCCACUUUGGGUUGUGGCAAAAAGUUUAUAGGCAACAGUAAGACACGGGAGGCCCUUGCC